AUUCCGUCAGUCAAUUUCCAUGCUCAGUCCCAUCGGCACAAACAUGGGGAGAGGGUUCGGUAUCAAGACCUGCCUGGCUUUGGCGGUGCUUUGCGCCGUGAUAGCCGCCUCGUCGGCGCGAGAUGUGAGGAAGAAGCGGGACCUGGAAGCUGCGGCUUCGGGGCACGGUCAUCAUUCCGAAUCAGGCGGAGGUCACAAACACCACUCCGAUCACCACGAGGAGCACGGCGAGAAGGGUGACAAGGGAUACAAGAACCAUCACCACCACGAGAAAGGUGAUCACGGCAAGCAUGGUAAGGAACACCACGCCGGACACCACGAAGAGCACGGUGGACACAAAAAAGGGCAUCACGACGAGGGCGGCAAAUACGGGGAACACCAUGAGAGCGGUCAUGGUCACAAGGCCGCUAAAUUCGGAGAGAAGAAAGGGCACAAGAAAGGUGAAAAGAGUCACGGUUAUCACAAGAAGGCCCACAAGGACGAAUAUCACAAGGAGCACAAAUUCUACGAUGACCAUCACAAAGGAGGACACCACGAGAAACACGGACAUCAUCACGGACACCACGGAUCCAAGGAAGGACAUCACAAGAAGGGAGGCAGCCAUCAUUCCGGUUACCAUGACGAUCACUACGGAAAGAAAGGACACCAUGACAAGGGACACUACGACGAGGACCACAAAGGAUAUCACGGAAAACAUGGACACGACGAACAUCACUCUCAUUACGAAGACUAUGGAAAGAAGGGUGGACACUCUGGGGGAAAGAAACACGGUUUCUCCAGCGGACAUGGUCACUAAAGUGACGGAUAGAUUACAGUACAAUAAUAAUUGUUAUAAUAUGUUAUUCUUUGUUAUUAUUUUUCUGUUGACUAAUGCUAUGCGAAACACUGUUGACAAAUCAUAGUUGUUGAUUUACUGAUGUAAGUCGCAUAAAAUAAUUGAUGAAAUUAAACCAGAUCAUUUACAAUAA